AUGUCCGACCUUGUAGCUUGGGCCAUUCCUCGGCUAGGCCAGCUGUUGCCGCUGGAUGAGGAUUCCCUGAAGCAAGUCAUCGAAUAUUCCGCCAGUCUCCCCGCCGAUGCUUGUGCCGAUCACCUCAAAAACUUCCUGGGUGACUCCCCCGCCGCCUUCGAGUUCAUCGCCUCCUUCAACGCGCGCCGAGGCCGAUCAUCUGCGCCUACUGUGCCUGCUGCUCCAACUGCACCAGCAGCACCUACAUCAUCCCGAUCCAACGAUACAUAUGCCUCUAAGAGUGACCGACCAAAAGGGAGGGGCAAGAAACAAAAGGCACCGCUACACAGCGCCGGCCCGACCCGCCGGCCAGACAACUAUGGUGAUGUGGGCGGUGGUUACAAGAAGAGGGAGGAGGAGGACUACAUGUCUGCCAGCAGGCCUACAUUGAUCCCUCCUUCUCAGUCUUUGACUCCUGGGUCAUCGGGUUCCUCUCGUGCCCAGUCGCCAAUGCCCACUUCGUCGCCGAAGCCUCCCCCAUCCGCCUCGGGCCCAGUCCUGUCAGAUAUGCUACCCAAUGUGCGGUCAAAGACGAGCAAAACCUCUCGAUCAUCGGGACCCUCCAACUCCACGAAUUCAAAUAAAGGUGGUGCGGCUCUCACAACAAACGAUAUCUCCGACCUAACGGCUGCCAUUGCUGCUUUGGAAGUCUCGACCAACCCGACCUUGGGCGAAAGACGAAAGUGCAACUGCUACGCUUCGAUUCACUCGCUGUUCGAUCCCGCUCCAAAUUGCUUGAAUUGUGGCCGAAUUAUCUGCUCGUUGGAGGGACUACAACCGUGCUCCUUCUGCGACACGCCUCUUCUGUCUGCAGAGGAAGUCCAGAGCAUGAUCAAGGAGUUGCGAGCCGAACGUGGCCAAGAAAAGAUGCGCGCCCACAAUGAGGGUGUCCACCAUACUGGAGGACCAAAGCCUGUUGGAUCCGAAUCCGGAUCCGCCUCACCUAGCAAACUCGAUGCGGCAAGGGCACAUCGUGAUAAGCUGCUUCAGUUCCAGGCCCAGAACGCCCGUCGAACAAAGGUGGUUGACGAAGCCGCUGACUUUGAAACACCAAAUGUCGCCUCCACUCUCUGGAUGAGUCCGGCGCAGAGAGCACUGGCACUCAAGAAGCAGCAACGUAUCCAGCGUGAGAUGGAGGAAAAGGCUCGGCCUGAGUGGGAGAAGAAGAAGAGUUUCAUGAGUCUCGAUAUCAAGGGCGGAAAAGUUAGGCGAGUGUAUCACACUGCUCCAGCCGAAUCCACCCUCGAAGCUAGCGAACCGGAACCUGUAGAGGAUACUGAAACAGACACGCCUCCAUCUCGGGGACAUGCAUUCAGCAAGAACCCCCCUCCUAGCAGCAGGAGGACUCAUGCGCCCGGUCUGGAAGGCCCCCGAAGGCAAGACCGUGGACCCGAACGAGAGGGCCGAGCGAAAGCAAACAUGGCGGCGGGUGCAGGAUGA